ACUUGGUGGCCUCUGUUAGAUCCAUCAGUUAGCUUGAUGAGGGUGGAUGAGUGCAAUUUUGGGCCAGCUAUGGAUCCAUUGGCUUGCCAUGGUGCCCAGCCCAUAUUCAAUUAGCUAGUCAUUCCUCAAGCACACUCUGAUGUUUUAGAAAGCCUCUUCCAUUGGCAGGAUGAUAAAGAACGUUGUUUCCCUCUACCAGGCACUGGGCAAAAAAGCCAUCAAAGAAUCCAGUGGGUUUUCCUCUAGAGCUGAAGUGGAGAAUCUGGGAUUACAGUGAUAUCAGUGUGUUUCUGAAAGGCGUCAUGAAACAAUUCAGAGAUAAUCUGGAGGUCGGACUUCAGCUGCAGAAAGCAAACGUAAUUCUGGAUCCAGACACAGCCCAUCCUGCCCUCCGCCUCUCUGAGGAUUCUAAAAAUGUCAUAGAAGUUCCUGAAUAUCAGUACCUUCCUAAAAACCCCACGAGAUUUGAAAAUUGGCAAUACGUCCUUGGCUGUCAGGGGUUCUCAACAGGGAGACAUUUCUGGGAAGUCACUGUAGGAUAUGAGGGGGGAUGGUAUGUAGGAGUGGUCAAAAAGUCAGUGAACAGAAAGGAUGACAUACAUCCUUGUCCUGAGGAGGGGAUUUGGGAGAUUGGGAAAUGGGGAGGGACAUACCAGGCCAAUGGUUACCCUGAAAACCCGAAACUGCCCCUGACUAAGAAUCCAAAGAGGAUCCGAAUCUCUCUCAACUGUGAAGGGAGACAGGUGACCUUUUUUGAUGCCCAGACCGCAGCCCUGCUCUACACGUUCUCGGAAGCUCCCUUGGCUGGAGAGACCCUUCUGCCCUCCUUCUAUCUGUACAAUGAUGCCUGCCUGACACUCUCUCCCUAAAAGUGGGGGCAUACAUGGACAAAACUUCUGAAAAAUCCCUAUUUGCCAAGGAGAGAUGUCUGAAAGCCUGAAGACCAAAUUUGUACAGAAAUAAAUACUGCCCCCCAUGGGAAAUUGGUUGAGAGGGAGGGAGGAUCUAUCUUCCUACACGGAACCUGUGUCAAAACUCUGCCUCAUGAGGACCAGUUGGAUUACCUGCAUCUUCUUAUAAAUGAUCUGAAGAUGAACUGAUAAACCUUUGCAAAAAAUGGUGAAUUCUAUUUUGGAAAAUGGAUGCAAUCCAGAAAAUUGGAAAGGAGCAAGUAUUGCUUUAAUUCUUAAAGAAAGACAAGAUCCUGCUUUACCAAAAAUUAUCAGUCAAUUUCUUUACUGAACAAUGGCUAUAAAAUAUUUACUAUGGUUUUAGCUGAAAGAAUGAAAGGUGUUUUGCAGAACUUUAUCCUGAAGAUCAGUGAGGAUUUCUACCUAAAAGAGAGUUGUGCAACAAUAUAGGCAGUAUUUUUAAUAUACUAGAAUAUUUGGAAGAACAUAAUGAAAAAGUACUGGCAUUGAUAUUUCUUGAUGCAGACAAAGCAUUUGACAAUUUGAACUGGAUUUUUUUUGCUUAACAUUUUGGAAAACAUGUAUUUUGGAAAUAAAUUUAUUAAAUGGGCAAAAGUGGUGUAUAUGCCACAAACAGUACAAAUUCCAGUCAACCAAGCUCAGAGGACACCCAGCAAAAAUGCCUUCUCUAUGGACCUCCCCAUGUAAUGGCCAUGCCUUCUCCCUCUUGAUAAGGCCUUCUCCCUCUUGGCUUCUUUUAAACUUGAUUAUUAUUUUGGUUUUUUCCAUUCAAUGAUGUCCAAUUCCUGGUCUAGUCCCUACAGUUUUCUUGGUAAGGUUUUGCUGAAGUGGUUUCCCAUUGCCUCCUCCCUGGGGCUGAGAGAGAGGGACUGGCCCACAGUCACCCAGCUAUCUUUGCGCCCAAGGCGGGACAAAAACUCACAGUCUCUCAGUUUCUAGCCUGCUGUCUUCACCACUGCACCAAACUGAUUCUUAAUUAUAUUAUACUGACCUCCCCACAGGUCUCGCCCACUGACUUGCUUGCCUGGGGCUCCUGCCUCUUCCCACAUUCUGGUCACGUCAGAUCCUGACUUAACGACUCGCACGGUCCUGGGUCAGGACUGCCAGGAUUGCCGUCCCUAAGUGAUGUGGUCAUGCGAUGUUCCGCUUUAGAACUGCAUUGUUUAGCAAUGGAAAUUCCAGUCCCAAUUACCAUCGUAACCCGAGAACUACCUGUAAAAAUCAAAAAUAAAAUACAUGCAUUUAGGUUGAGAAGUGUCCUAUUAUUGGGACUUCCGGGGAAGCAACGGUGGACUGAAGACAGCUUGCCUUUUUGCAGAGCAGAACGAGUAGCCAACAAACAGAUCAGUGCCUCAAAAUUCCUCCCUGGAUAAAGGGGAGGACCUGAGAUCACCCAUAAGUGCUCCAUACAGGGGCUUCCCACAAGCAGACCAUAAAACAGC